AUGCCAGGAAUAGUUAAGGAUACUUCGAUUGAUGUCGCCAUAGUUGGAGGUGGCGUCAUUGGACUAUCCCUCGCGGCUGGUCUUAUCAAACGCAAUAUUAAAGUCAAAGUCUACGAACAAGCGAAAAGUUUCCGGGAGAUAGGUGCUGGCAUGGCUUUUACAGCCAAUGCCAUACGAUGUAUGAGUCUGGUGAAUCCCGACAUCGUUAGUGCUCUGAGAUCGGGUGGCUCUGUUCCCACUUCUUCAGAUAAGAAUGACCCAAAUGAUUACCUCAGAUGGAUUGACGGCUACAAUAGCCGUCGAAAGGACGACCCCUUAUACGAGGAGAUGCUUUACAAAUUAAAUGCGGGCUACAGAGGCUUUGAGGGAACGCGGCGUGAUCAGUUCUUGGAGGCCUUAGUAAAGGUCAUACCGCAGGAGAUUGUAGAGCUGAAGAAGCGCCUGAAUAACAUCGAAGAGAAAGGACCCAAUGGGAGGCUUCAGCUUAACUUCUCAGAUGGGACAUCUGUGGAAGCCGACGCUGCUACUAACCCGGGAGGGGAAGAUAACCCGGCUUCUCAUCCUCAUUAUACCCAAAAGAUUGCCUAUCGGGCCCUAGUUCCAAUGGAAAAGGCCAUCGAGGCUCUGGGAGAGUAUAAAGCCAGAAACCAGCACAAUCACAUAGGACCAAACGCCUAUCUCAUCCACUACCCGGUUGCGAAUCAGACCAUGAUCAACGCCACAGCUUUUCUAUCAGAUCCUAACGAAUGGCCAGACGACAAGGUAACGGUCGUACCGGCACUUAGGGAAGAUCUGGAGAAACACUUCGCAGACUGGAAUCCUUGUGUCAAUGCUCUCAUACAACACUUCCCAGAGAAACUUGAGAAGUGGGCGGUUUUCGACAUGUGGGACUAUCCGGCGCCUUACUUCAACAGAGGAAAUAUCUGCUUGGCUGGCGAUGCUGCGCACGCAUCAACCCCACACCAUGGCGCUGGUGCCUGUUGUGGUAUUGAAGACGUACUAUGCUUAUGUAUAUUAAUGAGCCAAGUCAACGACACUCUGAGAGGGGAUGAAUCGGCGUCAACAAAGAAAAAUGCAGCAAUUUGCAUAGCAUUCGAGGUCUUCGAUUUGAUGCGGCGAACGAGAGGCCAGUGGCUUGUCAACAGCAGCCGUCGUAUGUGUGACUUGAUUCAACAGCCCGACUGGGGCGACGAGAGCAAGUGGAUCAAAGCCCAGACGUGCUUUGAAGAGAUUCGAGACCGUUCAUUCAAAAUUUGGCAUUAUGAUUACGAUAGUAUGAUUAAAGGAACUAUCGAGGAGUACGCAAAGAGGCAAUCUGCGUUGAAGGGAUCAGACGCAAUGUAG